AGCUGCUCCAGCUGUCGGUCUCUCCACUCACUCUCUCAGGGUCAUACAGGCAGGAGUUUAAGGGACCACUUCUGUACGCCAACUCAGCCGGGACGACCGCAGCCAGCAGAAGGACACACUGGUCAGAGGGAGACUGAGAGACAGAAGAUCGUCUGGAAAAGAUUAAUCCAUACCACUUCUUGGCUGCUCUGUACAUCCCAAAGUCUCAUCUUCAAGGCACUGCUACCUGUCCGAUAGUUGUGUGUGUGCGUGUGUGUGUGUUCGUGUGCAUGUUGUACGUGUGUUCCUGUCCCAUCUCCCGCCAAUUAAUGCAUUAGUAUGCAGGGUGCUUGUGUGUCAAACCUGUGCGUGUGCAUAUGUGUGUCAGUGCUCCUCCGCACUGCUAUUUCACAGCCACCUACAGAAAGUGACACCUACACGGAAUGCACAGAUGGGUAUCACUGGGACCCUCAGACUGAGCACUGUAAAGAUAUAAACGAGUGUGAGACCAUUCCAGAUGCCUGCAAGGGGGAAAUGAAGUGUUUCAACCACUACGGAGGGUACCUGUGCCUCCCUCGCUCUGCGUCAGUCAUCCCAGCUCCGGAGCCUCCCAUCACGCCCACCGAGCCCUUUAACCCCUGCCCUCUGGGCUAUGAGCCGCAGGGAGAGAGCUGUGUCGAUGUCGAUGAGUGUGAGCGAGACGAACAUGACUGCCAGCCCAGCCAGCAGUGUAUCAACACACUGGGUGCCUUCACCUGCCAGUGUCCGGAUGGUUACCGCAAGGUUGGCACAGAGUGUAUCGACAUCGAUGAGUGCAGGUACAGAUACUGCCAACAUCGUUGUGUCAACGUCCCCGGUUCCUUCUCUUGCCAGUGUGAACCUGGUUUCCAGCUGGCAGGAAACAACCGAUCUUGCAUUGAUGUGAACGAAUGUGACAUGGGUGCCCCUUGCUCUCAGAGGUGUUACAACACAUAUGGGACCUUCCUCUGUCGCUGUGACCAGGGCUACGAGCUGGGGCCUGACGGCUUUGCUUGUAACGACAUCGAUGAGUGCAGCUACUCCAGUUACCUGUGCCAGUACCAGUGUGUCAAUGAGCCAGGGAAGUUCUCCUGUGUGUGCCCGGAAGGAUACCAGCUGCUUGGAACCAGACUGUGCCAGGAUAUAAAUGAAUGUGAAACAGGUGAACACCAGUGUACUGAGACACAGACAUGUGUGAAUAUCCACGGACGAUACCAGUGUGUGGACACCAACCGAUGCCAAGACCCAUACAUCCAAGUGUCUGAGAACCGCUGUGUGUGUCCUGUCAGCAAGCCCGCCUGUCGAGAUCUGCCUUUCUCCAUCGUCCACCGCUACAUGACCAUCACCUCGGAGCGCUCCGUCCCCUCCGACAUCUUCCAGAUUCAGGCCACCAGCGUCUCUCCGGGGGCUUACAACACCUUCCGCAUCCGCUCCGGUGACGAGAACGGAGACUUCUACAUCAGGCAAAUCAAUAAUAUCAGUGCCAUGCUGGUGCUGGCCCGCGCUGUGUCGGGGCCCAGAGAGUACACGUUGGACCUGGAGAUGGUGUCGGUUAACCCUCUGCUCAGCUACCAUGGCAGCUCUGCCCUCAGACUCUCCAUCUACGUCGGGCCGUACACCUUUUAAAGAGGAAGGAGAAGAAGACUGGAGGGACAGAAAGAAAAGAUGGAGAGAAAGAGCUGGGGAGAAACACGGAUGCAUAAAGGGAAAAAGAAGCUGUAAAAAGAAGUGGUCAAUGCAGUUCAACCAGUCACUGUGAUGUUACACUCUUAGCUUUUUGUACUUAGUUGUUCCAAAGAAAGCCACACAAUUCUGUCAGCCCACCAUAUUACCUGCAAGAAAUAUACAGACAGUACAGUAUGGAAAUACUGUACUGUAGCAGUAAUGUCUCACAGAUAAAAAGCAGCCUUAAAAUAGUUAGUCCAGUCAAAUUGUUCCCUCGAGUUGUAUGUGUCAGUUUUUUUUGUUUUCUAGGAUAUCAUUUUUAAAGUUAUUUUUUACUUUACACCUCUCUGACAGCCUCAUUCUGUGGUUAGUGUGUAUAAAAAGGGAUUUCUUUUCUUCACACCUGUAUCAGGGUGAUAGCAAAUCUGUGCCAUUUGCCGACAGGUGGAGUGAGUCACGCCCAGCGUCAUUAGAUUAAUUUGUUUUCACCCGUUUACAUCCUUAUCUUCAGUUCCACUCUGUUUGUCACUUUAUUCUUGUCAGCCCCCUGUUUCCUGUUGACAGACGUGAUUCAGUAACCACUCGGAUAAGACCUCAGCAUCCACGUUCCUCCUUCACCCUCCACUGGUCAUUCCUAUGUUCAAGCUCUCCGUAACUGCCAUGUUUCGGAUUGUCACGUUGCUGAUCGGUUGUUGUACUUUG